AUGACUUGUCUCGCUCAAAAUACUAAAAAUAUAAUAAUUUACUUGUUGGUUGGUUGUUUAUUCCAGAUGGGCAGCAUCCACACUAUACCCGUGCCUGCAGAUUCUCAGACGGCUUCUACAUCUGGCAACGAGGCCUCGGAGACGUUAGACAAGACAAAUUCGAUGACCAAGGACAGGGAAAAGACGCCAAUCAAUGGAGUGGAGACCGUCGGUGACGUAUUUAAGUCACUGAUCAAGAACACGGGCUCGACGGUAUCGAACGUCAGCAGCGAGACCGGUAAGUCUUUGAAGGAGAUUGCACAGGCCGGUGGCCGGGCCACGCUUGCCCUAGGAUACCUGUGCAGUCAACUGUUUGACGGCCUCAGCGCCACCGUGGCCACCAGUAGUGGUUACCUGGCCAGUGGUGUCAGGAACAUCGACGACAUCGUAGGCGAUUUGCCAAUUUUGGGCACGGUCACGGGCACCCUCGACGCAGUCAUGACGCACGUGUCCAACACCGUCGGCGAGAUGUCCGCCAACGGCCGGAAGAGCAGGCAAAAGAUGUUCGAUGGCCUACGCGAACACCUUGACCGGAGCGGAGGCCGUCUGCCGAGUGCCAAAAAUUCUAGCACCAGCAGUGACAGUGGCAAGUCCGCCUCUACCGCUGCCUCUACCGCUGCCUCUACCGCCGCCACAGCUGCUUAG